AUGGCUUCUUUAUCUUUGUAUCGAAAUAAUGUUGUCGCAAAUCGAAGAAAGAGGAGAUUUCAACAUUUACAUCAACGUCGUUAUAACAUAACAUUUUAUAAUGCUGUCAUGUUAAGGAGGAUGCGCCUAAUGGGUCCACAAAAUACGGACAACGAGUUUGCUACUUCGAUGUUGAACGGAGGAGAUUUCGGAGCGAAUAAAAAAAAUUUACUUUCUUAUACUUUCUUGUUAACUGAACUAAACCUUUAUAUGUGUUUUACGCCCUAA